AUGACCGCGACGGUGGAGACGAUCACCGAGCAGCUGGACAUGGCGGCCACGCUGCCGCCCGCCGACCACCCGCACAUGGCCACCGCGCAGACCGUCACGCUCACCGACACGGACGUCGCCACCGCCACCGCUGAUGAAUUGAAGAAUACCUCCCGUCCAGAUGUGUUAUACCACUUGCUGCAGUGUCUGCAGACGUUGGUGUUAAACGCUGACGCUUUAGCAGACCACAGAGGAUUCCUCAUAUGGUGUCAAGAGAAUCUCCUCAUAGAUAACUUAUGGAACGUGUGCAACGCGUGCCACUCGCACAUAUGCUCGGUGGCGGUGCCGGUGCUGCUGCACUGCGUGACGCUCGCGGGCGGCGCCGACGUGUUCUGCGGCCUCGUGCGCGACCAGUUCCACCACCACGAGUCGCGCGUGCGCUUCACCGCCGUGGAGCGAGUCAGCAUCAUCAUCAGGUGCGUGACGUCACACCGCGCGACGCUAGCCACCUCGUGCGCGACCAGUUCCACCACCACGAGUCGCGCGUGCGCUUCACCGCCGUGGAGCGAGUCAGCAUCAUCAUCAGCGAGUCAGCAUCAUCAUCAGGUGCGUGACGUCACACCGCGCGACGCUAGCCACCUCGUGCGCGACCAGUUCCACCACCACGAGUCGCGCGUGCGCUUCACCGCCGUGGAGCGAGUCAGCAUCAUCAUCAGGUGCGUGACGUCACACCGCGCGACGCUAGCCACCUCGUGCGCGACCAGUUCCACCACCACGAGUCGCGCGUGCGCUUCACCGCCGUGGAGCGAGUCAGCAUCAUCAUCAGCGAGUCAGCAUCAUCAUCAGGUGCGUGACGUCACACCGCGCGACGCUAGCCACCUCGUGCGCGACCAGUUCCACCACCACGAGUCGCGCGUGCGCUUCACCGCCGUGGAGCGAGUCAGCAUCAUCAUCAGGUGCGUGACGUCACACCGCGCGACGCUAGCCACCUCGUGCGCGACCAGUUCCACCACCACGAGUCGCGCGUGCGCUUCACCGCCGUGGAGCGAGUCAGCAUCAUCAUCAGUUCCACCACCACGAGUCGCGCGUGCGCUUCACCGCCGUGGAGCGAGUCAGCAUCAUCAUCAGGUGCGUGACGUCACACCGCGCGACGCUAGCCACCUCGUGCGCGACCAGUUCCACCACCACGAGUCGCGCGUGCGCUUCACCGCCGUGGAGCGAGUCAGCAUCAUCAUCAGGUUUAUGGACGGGUCGCCUAUAAAGACCAGUUUGCCUCUACAAACUGCAUUGGCUACCGCGUUCUGCUACCUCAUCUCAAGCAUGGACGAUACAAAUGUAUACGUGGCCCAGCGAGCCACGUUGUACAUCGGCACCAUACAUGAUAAUGCCAUUGACUUGCUGCUGUACUGCUUGGAGACACAGUUCGAUUUGGUGAUAGUGGACCGGCCGAUGGUGCUGCAGUCGAUCUACCAGUUGCACAACACAUUGAGCGAUCGCCGCAUCCUUACCUGGGAGUUCUUCCUGAACAGGUUCGAGGCACUCCUGCUUGAGGCCCAAAUCAAUUCUAAUAAGGCCGUUGAUUUCUCUAAUCUGAGAGAGCUGGUGAGCAGCGAGACCAGUUCCGAGUGGUUCCUGUACAAGGUGCGGCGCGCGCACGAGGCGCUGAGCGUGUCCGCGCGCGAGCCGCACGUGAACACGCUCAGCGCCUCCUUCGGCACCAAGUGGCCCUACAAGCGGACCAUAUCCGCGCCCGCCACCAUGCCGCCGCAGCCGGACGCCAGGCACGAACGCGAGAAAGUAUACUCGAGGCAAUAUUCGGCGCCGCUGUUGAAGCGGAAGACUUCACGUUUCGGUCUCGGACAACUGCUGGCUACCCCGCAGUCACUAGGGCCCACGCAACGGUCUAACAAUACCCAUGAUGGUUUCCACUCUUUAUCUGGCCGUUCCACUGAGGAUACCCUCACUACAGUUUUACCCAGAGCCGUCGACUUGGAGGAGGCUGACAGGGAGACUACCAAUCUGUUGGUCUUCCUGCUUAUGCAGUUUUUGUCAAGAUCCGACCAAGCACACCCGACUGAAGAUAAAGCGACGUCCAAGACACAAGAGUUGGUGCUGAAGCAUCUGUUUUUAUUGCUCGGUUACAAUUGUGUCGAGAAGUAUUUCCAUAUUUCACCAUAUACAUUGAGGUAA